ACCAGACAAAGGAGACGAGUGCACGGCUGGCUACUCCUCUGCGCAUUCCAUUCCAUGUACUGUAGCGUGCGUGCAGCUGGAAAGACGGAGACCCGUACCGCGUAGCAUACAAUUACACACGGACUGCCGGCCGGCCACCCUGCACUUGCAGCAGGAAAGCAAGCUAGGUGUGGCGGGUGGCGCGCAGGGACGCAGGGUGGGUGCGUGCUUUCAGUUCCCCUCUUCAUUCAAAGCGGGCGGAGAGUGCAACGAGCUACUACUACUAGAGAGCAAACAGGGCAAAGGCGAGCAGGAAAGCCUUCCAUUCCAUCAAAGGGUUCGCUGCUCCCUGCCUCCUCCUCCUCCUUCUUCUUGGCAUCUUCCGUCAAAGGGUGAGGGCUCUUGCUCCUUUCUUUCUUUACCGAUCGAUCCUCCUAGUCCUCCACUUUCUGUUUCGCUGUUGCAUCACUUCUCCGGCUUCAGAAGGUGGCUGGCCGGCCGACCGGCGUGGGUGCUCGAGAGGAGAGGAGGGUGGCAUGCUGGGGGCCGCCUCCUGAGUCCAGCAGCACUGCCAUUGGAGGGGGCCGAUGGGAGGAGAGAGAGAGAGAGAGAGAAGGACACCUGCAAGCCCACUGAGGUCUGCUAGCUCAUUGCCCUCCCUCGCCAAACAACCGUCUUUCUCCCCAGUCCCGGUCCCAACUCCCAAACCACGAGCGCGGGCGCGGGCAGAGGGACAGCCGCAUGUGCACGCGACCGGCGCAUGCACACACUUGCGUGGCCGCAUCUGGCUCCGGCUCGUCUUCCCCGGGCGGGUGUGCCGGGUAGGGCACUACGUUCUUGGUGUUGGGGGGGCAGAGUGGCUCUCCAUUGCUCGGGAGCUGGGGUGGGUCUCACACUGUUCUGCUCUUUCUCGGCUCAUGCCUGAAUGCUGCCCUCCGCUUUGCCUUUGUUCUUGCGUGCCCUGCUUGUUGUCUACUAGCCUGUUUUGUUGCCUUCCCUCUGGUUUGCUAUAAACCCUCGAUGCCAUGCCAUGCGAUGCCGCCGCCCACAUGCCCUCAUGGCUCUCACGUUGUGACGCGCUUGCGCAGCCUGCCCAUGCCCGUCGUUGAUGGUUUCUGAUUCGUUUAUUAUUAUUAUUGUUGUUCACUCGCCUCCUCUGGCGUGUGGCCUCUCCCCUCCCCUCCCCUCCCCAGUCCCCACGUAGUACUAGUAUACUGUAUUAGAGACAGCGUGCGCCACUCUUUCCCUCGUCGUUCUCACCGGCCUCGCCUCGGCGGCAACAAAACUGCGAGAGAUCUUGGCGUGCUGGCGAUAAGAUUCGCCCGCACGAGCGCACAAACCAGAGUGAGCAAGUGGUUCUUGGUCUCUCCGUUGCCUCCUCCCCGUAUCGCAUUUAAAACAGAUGAGACCGUUGAGAGAUCAUACUCGGGGAACGGUACGCUGUGGCGAGGAAUGUGGACUACUACUAGUUGCUUAAUAAUAUGACAACGCAUUGGACGCAAGAUCCCCUCUGAAUCUUGGCAGUAUUUUUUUCUUAUGAGAAGAGGGAGUGAAGAGAGCUGGACUGGAGGGUGCAAGGAACUAUUAUACCUAUUAUACUAAUCUUUUUCCCAGAUCAACAAGGACACGCAAUUAAACAAGCAGCAGCAGGGGGAGGUGGGGGUGUGUCAGCUUUGUGCUUUGUGGGUGUCCCUCCUCUGGCUCACUGCCCCCCUCUCUCUCACUCCAUAUUGUUUACUUCUCCUGAGGUACUUGUGCUCCUGCUCUCCCCUCCUGGCCUCACUGCCUACGAUAGCAGCAGCGGCACCGGCCGCAUAAGUAGGUUGGGGGGGAGGGCUGGAGUGCGCUUCAAGCACGAGAGCGCUGUUGCUGCGUCUGAACCGAUCCCAUUAUUUGUUUGGUUUCGUUGUACGAGCGAUCUCUCUCCUGGCCGGGCUCCGGCACGUUGUAAUAUUCGGUCUUCUCGGCGCAGCAGCAACUUGUUCUUGUGCACUGCUACUUCGCUGCUCUGGGCCGUUUGCCGUUGAUGCUGCGGACAAGUAUGGGAUAGUGCUGCUGUGCUGUGCAGUUCUUGCUUCUUACAACUGGUAGUGGUGGUGGUGGUCUGGUCUCCGUGUGAGCAUUUGGUCUAGAAGAGCGUGAAGCUGCGCGGCUCUUCUUUCUUGUUCAAGAUGAAGUUCAUGAAGCUUGGAUCGAAUCCGGAUACCUUUCAGGACGAUGGGAAUGAAGUCAGUAUUGCGGCAUCUGAAUUGGUGAGCGACAUCACUGUUCGUAUAGGGACUACAAAGUUUUACCUUCACAAGUUUCCGCUCCUCUCCAAGUGUGCUCGCUUUCAGAAGUUGAUUCCAACCACUGGUGAUGAAAAUAUUGAGAUCCACAUCCAUGAUAUUCCUGGUGGCGCAAAGGCUUUUGGGGUCUGUGCCAAGUUUUGCUACGGCAUGAUUGUCACACUCAAUGCCUACAAUGUGAUUGCAGCCCGCUGUGCUGCAGAGUACUUGGAGAUGAAUGAGACUGUUGACAAGGGCAAUCUGAUCUACAAGAUUGAUGUCUUCCUCAGCUCAAGCAUAUUCCGGAGCUGGAAAGACUCUAUUAUUGUUCUUGGUACAACAAAGGCUCAUCUACCUUGGGCAGAGGAUCUUAAGCUGGUUAGCCAAUGCAUUGACUCUGUUGCUUCAAAAGCCUCUAUCGACGUUUCAAAAGUUGAAUGGUCAUACACAUACAAUCGGAAGAAGCUCCCAACUGAGAAUGGUCAUGAUUCGCCGUGGAAUGGAGUCAACCAGCGGCAGGUUGUUCCGAAGGAUUGGUGGGUAGAAGAUCUGACGGAUCUCGACAUUGAUGCCUACAAGCAAGUCAUAACAGCAGUCAAAACCAAGGGUAUGGUGGCCAAGGACGUGAUCGGUGAGGCAAUUAAAGCCUACACUUACAAGAAGCUGCCGUCACUAAGCAAGGUCUCAAUGAUCCAUGGCGACGCAAAAGUUCGGGCGAUGCUAGUUACAAUCACAUGCCUGUUGCCAUCUGAGAAAGGCUCAGUUUCAUGCAGCUUCCUCUUGAAGCUACUGAAGGCAACCAAUUUGCUGAAGUGCGGCGAUAUGUGCAGGAAAGAGCUUAUGAAGCGCAUUGCACGGCAAUUGGAAGAAGCAUCAGUGUCAGAUCUUCUGAUCCCUGCAGUGGAUGAGGACACCAGUGUUUACGACAUUGACCUGAUUCUUAGCAUUGUUGAAGAAUUUAUCAGACAGGAUAGUAAGAAUGCCCAGAGACAUAAUGGUGGCGAAGUGAAUGACCAUGUAUCAGCUCCUAGUGCAUCAAUGAUUACAGUGGCAAAGAUUGUUGAUGGGUAUCUGGCAGAGGUUGCGAAGGACCCAAAUAUACCGGUCUACAAGUUUUUCAGUCUCGCUGAGACAGUCUCGGCCAAUUCAAGGCCAGUCCAUGACGGGCUCUAUCGCGCCAUUGAUAUGUAUCUGAAGGAGCACCCAAGCUUGGGCAAGAGCGACAAGAAGAGGCUCUGUGCCCUCAUGGACUGCAGGAAGUUGUCGCCCGAUGCAUGCGCUCACGCUGUGCAGAACGAGCGCCUGCCUCUGAGGGUUGUGGUGCAGGUGCUGUACCACGAGCAGACGAGGGCUUCUGCAGCAGCCACCGUCCGAGCUGACAGCAUCGGCAUCGGCUCCUACGAGAGCUCAAGGUCAGGGGCCACAACAAACACAGAAGACGAGUGGGACGGCGUCAUGGCCGUGGAAGACCUCAGUCUGUCGUCCAAGACGACGAAGCUAGAGAAAUGUGACGCAGCUAGCACCGUCUCGGAGAAGAACCACGGCGGCAACAAGGGUGCCAACGGCAGGGCGAAAGGUGGCGUGAUGCCGAAGAAGGCGGUCGGGAGGACGACGAUGUCAGGCAACAAAGGGCAGGCUGGGGAGCGCAGCAGCUCGGACUCAUCCGACAGCGCCAUUUUGCCUUGCCAGCUGGAGCAUCCCAAGAGGGCCGCAGCAAGGAGCACCACCAAGUCAGCCGCUGUGUAGUAGUAGCUGCCCGGCCCUUUGCUCAGUGAGAUGCUCAAGGAGCACUAGGUUUUAGCAGUCGUCGUCCGUUCUUUUCUUUGCGUUAUGAAUGUUGCAUAGAAGCAAGGACCAUGUUCUUAAACGUCUUGUAGGCCGGGAGCCCGGGAUGGUACGCGUACGUUGUUAGGUGAUGUUGUUAGCAUGUAGGCUUGCCAUGAAACCUAUGAGACCUUGGGUUGUGCUGUGAGGGUUUAUGUCAUAAGAAGCCUACUUUGUUAGAGAGUUGAAGCACGACUGUUCUGCAGCUGUGAAUUCUUGGUGUUCUGCUGUGAGAUCUGUUAGGUCGUUCGAAUGGUCA